AUGGCCUUGGUAUGCAGACACGAUAUCCCGAUCUUUGUAGCAUCAAUCAACACCCCUGGAGAGCAGCAGAAAUUCCCCAUUGCAUUACUUGAAGCUCUUUUUUCCAUGGUACCGAGGGAAGCGACUAUAGUAGGUCUAUACGACGUCGGGUGUGUCUUAGAUCGGAGCCUUUCCAUGUUUGACUUGCUACAUGCUGAAUAUACGUCAAGGCUCGCACUUGCAACAAGUGUCAUGCAUGCGUACGGGCAUCAAUGGUCGUGUCAGUUGCAAUACAACCCACGUCUGCACGCUGGGCUUGGGCUUACUGAUGGGGAAGGAACUGAAAGAUUGUGGUCUCGGCUACGUGAGUUGAUAGGGAUUGAACGACGUUCAUCGGCAGCAAGGAGGCUUUGGUUGCUCGACCGACAACUGGAUUCCAUUGCCGCCGAUCUUCGGAGUUCUCUAGGCACAUGGCAACGACAUCGACUCCACACGAAUGUCCACAAGAAGGAAAUUGAGGUUUCGCAAAUCUUUUCGGCCGACAAGAUACCAAGCAAUAUACUUCAGGAGCAAUGGAGAUUACAGCACAAAGCGCAGACAUCUGCUCGUGCUCAUGCGCCGGCGCGUCUGAAGAGGCAACUCAGCAAGGUACUCCAGCUUCAAGGCGAAAUCGAAGUCGUUGAAGCAAGUAUUGCAAGUACCAAAACUGCCAUUCGAAUCCUACCCUCUUCUUCCCAUCUCGCCCUCACUAUCAUCUCAACCCUCGAGAAGACUCACAACACACUGAAGGCCCAGGCCGAAGAACUCUACCUUUCUCUGAACCUCCCAGAGGAAUUCCGAGAUCUGAAAGGGGUCUCUUUGGAGUUUCUUCAGAACCUGAUCCUUGCUCGUGACCUCAAGAUCAUUAUUCGAAGAAGUGCAGUUGGCACCUUUUUUGAAUGGGACCGUUUGGACGAGGCCGUCGGAGGACGUGACGCAGCGAUCGGUACCAAGCUUCACCAGAUAACUCGCAACUCUAUUUCCAAGCGCAAGCCCGCCCUUCUGAAUAAUAUAAACAAGUAUAACAUGUACAGUCGACACUCCCAUAAGGCAUACCCUUCGGUGAGGGUCAAAAAGUAUGCCUUUUGGGAGGGUAUGCCGUAG